AGCCAUAGAAAUUUAAAACAUAAGUUAAUUUUAGAUAUUUUUUAUUAUUUUUCCAAGAAUAAGUGUCAAAUGCUUAAUGCGAGAAGUUAUUAUCUUUAUUAUAUGCUUGUAACUACAUUGAAGCUGGCUAAAUAAGGAUUACAAUAAUGGCGAAUCAAGAGUACAGAAUAAAUUGCAUAAAAUACGCGCUUUUGAUUGUAAGCAUUUUGUUUAAGCUGACUGGAGUUUUUCUAAUAGGGUUCUCCUUGGAAGUUUCCAAAGCAUUAAACACCUCCACCUGUUCGUUGAUGUACACUUAUCAACUCCACCGGCGUUUCUCAUCGCCAUUGGAUUUUUUAUCAUCGCAGUGGCCACUUUGGGAACUGUUGGAUCCCUCAAGGAGAGUGUGAUGCUAAUUAACCUGUUUGGAUUAUGCCUGUUGCUGGUUUUAAUCUUAGAUAUAUCACUAGCCAUUACCGCUCAAGCGUCUUUUUCGAAAGAGAAAAUCUUUGACACAAUGAACGGGGCUCUUGCAAAAUAUGGCAAUGAUCACUAUGUGACACAAGAACUAAAUCAUUUGCAAUCUGAAAUUAAUUGCUGUGGAGUGAAAAAUCAUACAUAUUGGGAGAAGCAUUUAGGCAACGGAAACUAUCACAUUGAACGGGAUGCCAAGGUGGUGCCAAAUUCCUGCUGCCACCAUCAAGAGACGAAAGAUGUGAGAAACGACACCCAUUUAGUCUGCCAAAAACCUUUUGAAAACGGCUGCUUCGACGAGGUGCACUCCAGAGUAUCGAAGUGUUCCACUUGGAUUACCAUCGGAGUCACUAUCGAGGCCUUUUUCCAAGCGAUGGGCAUGGUGUGCGCCUUUUUGUUGGCCAAAAUGCUGCGCUGGAACAAGUCCUUGCGGCUGGUUUAUCGCUCCAACUUAUUGAAUGAAUUUAAUACUAGCGAGUAAUUUGU